CCCAAGUCUCCCCAAACUAAAUCAUCUCUCAUUAAGCAUCCUCAUCUCCAUCAUGGGUGAUCUCAAUCCCAACACCAAGAAAUUUUACAUCGCCAUCGCUUGUAGCAUCCUGGGGCUCUUUCUCCUCCUCAUCGUUCCUUGCAUCGUUGCAAUGUGCGUUGCCCGCUAUCGGGAGAAACGCCAGGAACGCCGUGAUGCCCUCGCUCGCGAACUAGAGGAAGGUCAAAGCGAUGACACCGCGGCUCCUGUCCCUGAGCAUCCCAUCCUCGGCUAUCGCCAAGGCACCGGUCCCGACAACGCACCCCUCUAUCAAGAAGCAACUCUUCUCCACCACGCCGAUGGUCACGUCGAAGUUCGCAAGCCCGAGCCCACCAAGGGAAAAGGCAUCGCUUCUCCUCAGGCCAGACCCGUCGGUCGCUUUCAGGAGGACCUCCCCGAGGCCUCUGAGCAGCAACUCCAGACUAAGCAAGACGACGCCGUCGCUGAGUCUCAGGGCUCCCAAAAGUCUGUCGACUCCAAGAAGAAAAGACUCGACCUCGACGAGUAA